AUGGGACACGAACCAAGAAGUGAAGGUGAGGGCGUCGUGCAGCACGUCCAACUUGGAUAUUCGACAACUCUCAAGAAGAACCGCUCUUUCUGGAGUGUUCUCGGUAUGAUACUUGCCAUUGUCGCAGUACCGUACGGAUUCGGUGGGCCAAUGAUCAGUGCCGUCUACGGCGGUGGCCAGCUCUCUAUGUUCGUUGGCAUCCUCGUCGUCCUUAUCCUUGAUGGCGCUGUGGCUGUCUCACUCGCGGAACUUGCGUCGCGGUAUCCUACUUCUUCUGGCGUCUACUACUGGUCCUAUCGGCUCUGCGGUCAACACAAAACCAUGCGAAAAACUCUGUCAUUCAUCACCGGAUGGUUUUGGCUCAUUGGCAAUUGGACUAUUACGCUCUCUGUCAACUUCGGCUUCGCCUCGCUGAUUGCGGCGACUGUUACUAUCUACGAACCCCAAUGGACAGCAUCAAGCUGGGAGCUAUUACUCAUUUUCUACGCGGUCUGCACCCUGACGUUCGUCAUAUGCGCGUUCGGGGACAGGAUGCUGCCGUACGUCGAUACCGCGGCGGCACUCUGGAGCGUUGUGACCAUCAUUGCCGUUCUUAUUGGCGUGGUGGUCCAAGCAAAAUCAGGGCGACAUGCAGCGUCUUACGCUCUCGGACAUUACGACACCAGCUUCUCGGGUUGGGGUCCGGGUUUCACUUUCUUCAUCGGCCUUCUACCUCCCGCAUACGCUUUCUCGGCCAUCGGCAUGAUCACAUCCAUGACGGAAGAAUGUUCAGAGCCUGAGGUUGAGGUGUCGCGCUCGCUCGUCCUUUGCAUCCCCCUGGGCGGUAUCGCAUCGCUCUUUUUUAUUCUGCCACUCUGCUUUACGCUUCCGCCGCUUGAAGCCAUUCUGGCAGCACCCAACGGUCAAGCCCUGCCGUUCAUCCUCGCUACAGUUAUGGGAUCCAAGGUCGGAACAUUAAUACUUAUGGUCAUGAUCUUCUUAGUGACCUUAUUUUGCUCCGUCAGCAUCACUACGGGCGCCUCCCGAUGCACAUGGGCCUUUUCCCGCGACAACGCACUUCCGUUCGCCAAUGUCUGGACACGUACCGUCGCCGACUCGCCCAUUUAUGCGUUGGCCCUCGUUACGAUCAUCGAGAUGCUACUUGGGCUUAUAAACUUGGGGAGCACUGCCGCAUUUACAGCUUUUGCGUCUGUAGGUGUGAUAGCACUAGCCAUUGGAUACUUAGUUCCCAUCGCAAUCAGUCUCUUCUCCGGCCGCAAAGAAGUGGCCCACGCGAGAUGGAAUGUUGGCCCUGUCGCGGGUACAGUGGCAAACGUUGUUGCGAUAACCUGGAUUCUCUUUGAGCUUGUUCUUUUCAGCAUGCCUACUGCGCUCCCGGUCACCGAGGUUUCGAUGAACUAUGCUUCAGUCGUUUUGGUUGGCUUGAUCUCACUUAGCGGGAUAUGGUACGCGAUAUCGGGACGGAAACAUUUUACCGGACCGCCAGAUGAGAUUGACGAAAUCUACUGA